CUUCAUUUCCCUGCCUACGCUUGGCCUUGAUUCUCCGUUUCUUAACCCAUUCAAUCCAUCCCUCCAUUCCACUGCUAAGUACCCAGCUAGCCAAUUUACUGUUCCAGAGCUACCUACAACCCGUUCUCUCCUCUCGCGCGGACCCAAUAUAGCCCAUCCACCCGCCUGCCUUACUCCCUACACAGGUACUGCCUGUGCUGUGCCUAUUUAUCCCACUCAUAUCUGCGCCCACUCACCACGUUCGCGCGCCCGCCACGCCCGUUCGACCCUCACCACCUCGCCCACCCAGCUGCAUGCCCGAGGCUCACCUUGUGCGUCAUGCAACGCGUCUGAUGAGUCUUCUUAUCUAUCCCAUCUCCCCGUAACCGUUGCGGCCUCCCAUCCCAGCCAAAAGUAAGUAGUUGCUGGCCAUAAUCAUCCGCCCGACCUCCCCAACUUCACUACGCUACGUAGCUGGGCAGUGAGCGGCCAGCUCCAACCCAACCCGCCUACCUACCUACCUACAUCUCGCACCAUCGCACCCAUCAUCCACGCCCCGGCACCAUCACCACCAACCCGUGCGCUGCCCCGCCGCCAGAGCAGCCCCCAAUUUACCGGCGACCGACCAUCGGUAGGCAGACUGAGUAACCCCUCGUUUGCCCAGCGCGCGCGCUGCGUCGCAUUAUAGUCGGAUCUUCCAGCGCUCCCUGCACCCACUGGCGAGAAGAAGCAACACCAAAACAAUCUCGCCGCCAUGUCUGCCACCGCCCCCUCUUCGCCUGCCGUCGUCCGCUCUCAUAGCUCCUCACGCCGUCCCCAGCCUGUGUCCAGCUCGGCAGACCGUCCCCAUCGCUCACAGUCCACCACCACCCGCCCGACCCCCCAUUCGCAUCACCCGCACGGAGGCCGCCCAGCCCCCCAGCAGCCCAAUCUAGCCAAUCUUGCCCGCCGCGAUUACGAGCAGAGCAACGUCGCCAGCCAGCCGACCUCUCGCCGAAGCGAGUCGAGAGACCGAACCCCAAACAUCUCAAACCGUCCCGAAUCUAGCAGAAGAGGCCACGCUCGGUAUGCCUCUGACGCAUCCACAGCUUCCGCAAUGCCUACCAACGGAGUAGCUUCAGAAAAUGGCAGGCCGGGAACCCAGCCCGCUGCCCAGCCUAAGAGGAGGACUGCCAUCAGUGCCCCAAACACUGGCCAAUGGGCUCUGGGCAAAACAAUUGGUGCAGGUAGCAUGGGAAAAGUCAAGCUGGCCAAGCAGACGGAGAGCGGAGAGCAGGUCGCUGUCAAGAUUGUACCACGGCAGUCAACCGAUACUCACCACAGCCAGGCUGACCGUGAGCGAGCCGAUCAUUCAAAGGAAGUUCGAACUGCACGAGAGGCCGCCAUUGUCAGUCUGCUGAACCACCCCUACAUAUGUGGAAUGCGAGAUGUAGUGAGGACCAACUUCCACUGGUACAUGCUUUUCGAGUAUGUCAACGGGGGCCAGAUGCUGGAUUACAUCAUAUCACACGGCCGCCUCAAGGAAAAACAGGCCCGCAAAUUCGCCCGCCAGAUCGCAAGCGCUUUGGAUUACUGCCAUCGAAACAGCAUUGUGCACAGGGACUUGAAGAUUGAGAACAUCCUGAUUAGCAAGACGGGCGAUAUCAAGAUUAUCGACUUUGGGCUAAGCAAUCUCUUUUCACCCCGCAACUUACUCAAGACAUUUUGUGGCAGUCUAUACUUCGCUGCACCCGAGCUUUUGCAGGCAAAGCAAUAUACAGGGCCCGAGGUUGAUGUUUGGAGUUUUGGCAUCGUCCUUUACGUUCUAGUAUGCGGUAAGGUCCCGUUCGACGACCAGAGUAUGCCGCAGCUACAUGCAAAGAUCAAGAAAGGCCAUGUGGAUUACCCUCCAUGGUUGUCUACUGAAUGCCGCAAUCUUAUCCAUCGUAUGCUACAGACGGACCCCACGCAACGUAUCACACUCGGAGAAAUCAUGACCCACCCAUGGUUGACGAAGGGUUUCAACACCCCGCCAGAGAACUAUCUCCCCGCGCGAGAGCCUCUACAACUCCCUCUUGACGAUGACAUCAUAGAACGAAUGACUGGUUUCGACUUCGGCACCUCGGAGUAUAUCAAGAGCCAGCUGACUCAGGUGCUGACAUCCGACGAGUACCAACGUGCAGUGCGGGCAUCUGCACGUAAGACGGUUGCACAGACUCCCGAGGCUGACAAGAAGAGAGGCAUGUUUGACUUUUACAAGAGGAGGAACUCCAUGUCGAGCAGGGAGCAUCUUCCCUCCUCAUCGUCCGAGGAAUUUCAACGUGGCGCGGAUCCUGUCAAUGCCUUCAGUCCUCUGAUAUCAGUAUACUACCUAGUCCGCGAGAAGCGAGACCGUGAGCGGAUGGAAUCAAACCCAGGAGCUCUGGCAGUUCCACAGAGUCCGGACGAAAAACCCCUCAAGAUGCCUGAUCUCCCAGCGCCAGCGGCUGCGUACACAAACUCGGCUACCUAUGAGAUGGCCGGCGAAAAACCAACUGGUGGAAGGUCUCGUCCAAGAGCAAGAACUCAUGGUGAGGAUGAAGUUACGGAUGGGCUAAAAACUCUCAACCUGAAUCAGCCUCCGAUCUCUCCCGCUGUUUUGUCACCUUCAGCAGAGCAAGCGAAGAAGGAGAGUGCAAUCCCAGGUCUUUUACGACGGUUCAGUACCAGGAAACACAAAACACCAAUCGACCGUAGCGAACAGCCUAUGCCCACACCGUCUGUUGCUGUUUCCGGUCCAGGCGAGCCUGCCACUGCUCCCCGCAAAAGCUUCAGCGUUAGGCGCACUCGCCGUGACCCCCCGUCUACCUUGCGGCCAUCCGACGCAACUAAUCAGCCCGAGCUCCUCUCGCCGCCAACCCCUGGCAGCACAAAUAGCAGUACCCGCAAGUUCAAAGGCCUGGGUCGGUCUUCUAGUGUCAAUGGUGUAGGAGAUCUUCGGCGACGUCUGAGCAGGAGAGGGCGGUCACAAGAAGACUCGCAACAUCCUCCACCCACCAGUGGUUCCGAUAGAUCGAGCAUCAACACUCCUCAGUCCAGGGUGAACAACGACGCUGCGUCUGAAGACUUGUCUGCCAGCACCCGUCAUAACGCUACUUCCCGGACAAAGUCACUCGGUCAUGCCCGCCGUGAAAGCAUUCAAGCCCGACGCGCGCGAAGGGAGCAGGCUAGAGAGGCCAAUGUGCCAGAGGAAACAGAUGCCGAAAUGGCUGAGACUCCAACAGAAACGCACCGUGGGCGUGAUGUCAAACCGGUCUUUUUGAAAGGACUGUUCAGUGUUUCCACGACAAGCAACAAGCCAUUGUCCUUCAUCCAGUCGGACAUCAUUCGGGUGCUUGAUCAGCUUGGCAUCACACAUACGGAGAUCAAGGGGGGAUUCAAAUGCCGCCAUGCUCCCAGUAUCGACAUGAAGAGGGGCCCUGAUUCCCCUGCUAACCCUCCCACGAGCGGCCUGUCGACUAGUGGCAGUCAUCGACGAAAGAUUAGCUUCCCUGGGUUCACCAAAGACCGUGAACGGGAAGAGUUCAGGGAACAGCACCGGAUCCCACAGACUCCCAAAUCCGGGCAAGGACGCUCGUCGGGGGCCGAUCGCAGCUACACCAACACGGACGAGUCGGACGCAAGCGGUGACGACAAGGAGGAACGGCGGCCAAGGGCAGGUCGUACGUUGCCCCCAGGGGAAACCACCACACACGUGCAGAGCGAUCUAGGCGGAAGCAUGGCCAUCGUAUUUGAGAUUCUGAUUGUUAAAGUUCCCCUGCUGCAAUUGCACGGCAUACAAUUCAAGAAGGUGGAUGGAGGCACAUGGCAGUACAAGAGCAUGGCUCAGAGAAUAUUGUCUGAACUUCGACUUUGA